AUGAGUCACCAACAAGAAAUAGCAGGAAGCACUCCUAAAGAAACUUUAUACAUAAAUAACUUGAAUGAUAAAAUCAAUCAAGAAGAUAUGAAAUAUGGAUUAUACUUCUUAUUUUAGCAAUUUGGAGAAAUACUUGAUAUCAUAUUAAAAAAGUCAAACACUUUGAGAGGAUAGGCAUGGAUUAUUUUCAAAGAUAUUACUGCUGCCACUAACGCAAAAAAGAAUUUGAAUGGAUUUUUAUUUUUUGAUAAGGAAUUGAAAAUAAAUUUUGCAAAAUAAAGAAGUGAGAUUUUAGACAAGUUAGAAGGAAGAUGGGUUCCAAAAAAGAAGUAAAAGAAAGAAAACAAUAAUAAUGCUAAGAAAGUAGGAGAAUAAGAAAUAGGCACAGAACAAAAAGAAUAGUAGCAACAAAAGCAAUAACUAUAAUAAAUUCCACUUAAUAUUUAGCAAAACGAAUUAAACUAGCCAAAUAAUGUUCUUAUUUUAGAAGAUUUACCUUCUUUCGUUACAACAGACAUUCUUAAAGCACUCUUUGGCUAAUAUCCAGGAUUUAAAGAAGUUAGACUAAUUGCACCUAGAAAAGUUGCAUUUGUAGAAUUUUCAUAAGAAGACGAAGCUACAGUUGCUCUCAAUGGCUUAUAAAACUUUUAACUUACUCCUCAAGUUUUUUUAAAGCUAAAUUAUGCUAAAUUUUGA